AUGACAGCCGAACUUUUUGAUGCUGCUACUGAUUUAUUAGCCAUUUAUAAUCCUGUAAUCGAUUUAGUGAGACGAUUAGUUAAAGAUAUUUAUCAAAUUUAUGAGAAUGCAGAAUGUAAUAAAGAACUUUGCCUGAUUAUGGUUAAUCGAGUAGAAGCUGCAAAAUAUUCUAUAGAUAUAAUAAUUAGAAGUACAGAAAAGAAACAAGAAGAUUUACGCAAAAAAUCUUAUUUUUUAGCUUUUGAAAGAUUUAAAAAUAUCUUAACACAAAUUAAAGAAUUUACCAACAGUGUUUCAAAGCUUAAAGGAUAUAAAAAAUUUUUUCAAGCAACUGAUGUUAAAAAGAAAUUUGAGCAAUUAAUAGAUGAAUUUGAUAAGUGUAGAAGUGAUCUUCACUUUGCCAUUGAUGUUUCUAAUGAUAUUGAUAGAAAAGAAGAAUCUGAAAGAGUGGAUAAAGCUUUAAAAGAAGUCGAUGAAACUCUCAAACAACUCGACGAUAAAAUUGAUGAAUCGGUCAAACAUGUUGGAGAUAAAGUUGAUGAAGUAAAAGUUGCAUGUAAACCUAUUGAUGGCCAAAAUGAAUCAGAAUUGGCUAUCAUUAAAAAAUUAGGCUUAUCACCUCAGGUUCUCAAAUUUUAUGGGCACUCAGAAAUUGAUAACAAAAGAGUUAUGAUUUUUGAAUGGGCUGAACAUGGAAGUUUAAAGGAACUUUAUGAGAAUUAUGACAUUCCUUGGACCAGAAAAAUACAAAUUGCCAAAGAUAUACUUCUUGGCCUUUUGUUUUUACGUGCAGUAAAUGUUUUUCAUCAUGAUCUUAGAGAUUUGAAUGUAAAACUUGGAAAUUUCGGAUGUGCACGUGAAGUUGAUGAACAUUCUAGAAAUCUUUCACAAUUGGCAACAUAUAUUGUUCGUUGGAUGUCUCCUGAGCUAAUCAAAAAAUAUAUUAGUCAAAGUAAUCAUGAAAACAAAAAAGUAUAUACAUUUAAUUGCGAAAUUUUUGGAAUGCUCUUAUGGGAGCUUUGUUAUGAAAAGUUGCCUUAUGCUAAUUGGAAUAUUAAACAAAUAUCUGAUCAUGUCUUGAGAGGCGACCGAGAAAAGGUUUUAAAAGGAAGAUUUACAAAUCCUGAUGAUAAAGAAAUUCAACUAGAAUUUAUUAAAAUCAUUCAAGAUGCAUGGCCUCAACAACCAGAAUUACGAAUAACUAUUCCUACAUUGAGGCAAAGGCUUGAAGGACUAGUCAAUAAAUUCCCAAUUCCUCUUGAUGCACCAACAUUAUUUAAAAAUAAAGUAUUAGAUCUUGAUGGUCAGAAGUCUGAAUCUUUACCAGAAUUUGAUGAGGUUGAAAUUCCUGAAGAAUUCGCAGAAGAACCUGCUCUUGUACCUCUUGAAGAUGGUAUUAAAAUGCAUAAAAAAAAGGAAUAUAAGAGUGCAUGGGAAUGUUUCAAAGAAAAUGCUGAUCUUAAUAACCCAUUAGCAAAAUUCUGGUUAGGAUAUUACUCACUUUACGGGCAUUAUGGAGAAAAAGAUUCAAAUCGAGCAAAAAAGCUUUUCAAAGAAGCUGCUGAUGAGCAUAAUCAUUCUGAAUCACAAUGUAGAUAUGCGGUUUUAUUGUUUGAUGACCUUAGUAAAGAAAAUAAUGAAACUAAGAAAGAUGAAUUACGCAAAGAAAUUUUACGUUAUUUUGAAUUAGCCGCUAACAAUCCAGUCCAAAAUAUUGAUGCAAUGUAUUAUUUGGGUGAUAUUUAUGUGGCUGGAAAGCUUAAAGUGAGAAAGGAUGAAGAGCGUGGGUUAAAUUAUUUAAGAUUAGCUGCCAAUGGUAGUAAUCAAAGAGCUAUUACUCUAUUAAAGAAGUUAGAUAAACCGAUUAGAUAA